UCACCUACUCCCAUUUUUCAACCUCUUUCAUCACCAUGCCACUAACUUUGUAACCAUAAAACAAAAAAAACUCCCAUUAAAACCAAUAUAUGAAUCAAAUUCUUUCCAUCAUUAAAUCAUAGCAUACAAUACUUUUAUAUAUCUUAUUACAUAUAGCCAUGUCUAAUAUUGACCCUAAUUGGCCUUUUUCUUGAAAAAAACAAUAAAAUUCAAUUCAAAUUUGAUCAAUUUCAACUCUACUCUAAUCUUUAUUUCAAGAUUCUUGAAACCCACUUCUAAAAACUCAUUUUCUGAUCUGGGUAUUCAAUUUCUUGAAAAAAGAUAUGAAAUUUAGAGGAUUUUUGAUCAAAAACAGGGUAAGCUCACUUUUCCGGCGAGUUUACCGACGAAGCAACUCAUUUCCGGCGGCCUACAAACGAUUAGACCAAUCACCAACGUCCAUAUCCAAGUUUCUAAAGUGGGGUUGCAAGAUAAAGACAAAAGCAAUAGCCAUGUGUUCAAAAACGCCUAAUUUGCAAGGAAGAAACCCGGUUCUUGAAAGACUAUCGUCGCAGCCGCGUGCGGCGGUUCCGAAAGGGAAGAUGGCGGUUUACGUCGGUCAGAAAGAUGGAGAUUUUAAAAGGGUAUUGGUACCGGUGAUAUAUAUAAACCAUCCUUUGUUUGGACAGUUGUUAAAGGAAGCUGAGGAAGAGUAUGGGCAUGAUCAUGCAGGAGGGAUUACGAUACCGUGUCGGUUUUCGGAUUUUGAGAAUGUUAAGACUCGGAUUGCAGCUGUUUGUGGUUGCCGGAAAAUGUUGACGUGGAAACGUCGUUGAUUAUGAUGAUAAAUAAUUACGGUAGGGUUAUAUUAGCUAGGGGAGUUUAAUUUUUCUAGUUUUUGAGGGUAUUUUUUAGGUUAAAUUUUGAUAAUAAGUAAGUUAAAUGUACAGUUUAUUUUGGAUUCAUUUGUCUAAUUUAUGGCAUAGAUUUUUUAUAUGGUA